ACACCCCACACCCCACAUCCCACAUCCCACAUCCCACACCCCACACCCCACACCCCACAUCCCACACCCCACAUCCCACAUCCCACACCCCACAUCCCACAUCCCACACCCCACAUCCCACACCCCACACCCCACAUCCCACAUCCCACAUCCCACAUCCCACAUCCCACACCCCACAUCCCACAUCCCACAUCCCACACCCCACAUCCCACAUCCCACAUCCCACAUCCCACAUCCCACACCCCACAUCCCACACCCCACAUCCCACAUCCCACAUCCCACAUCCCACAUCCCACAUCCCACACCCCACACCCCACAUCCCACAUCCCACAUCCCACAUCCCACAUCCCACACCCCACAUCCCACAUCCCACAUCCCACACCCCACAUCCCACAUCCCACAUCCCACAUCCCACAUCCCACACCCCACACCCCACACCCCACAUCCCACACCCCACAUCCCACAUCCCACACCCCACAUCCCACACCCCACACCCCACAUCCCACAUCCCACAUCCCACAUCCCACAUCCCACACCCCACAUCCCACAUCCCACAUCCCACACCCCACAUCCCACAUCCCACAUCCCACAUCCCACAUCCCACACCCCACAUCCCACACCCCACAUCCCACAUCCCACAUCCCACAUCCCACAUCCCACACCCCACAUCCCACACCCCACAUCCCACACCCCACACCCCACAUCCCACACCCCACAUCCCACAUCCCACAUCCCACACCCCACAUCCCACAUCCCACAUCCCACACCCCACAUCCCACACCCCACAUCCCACAUCCCACAUCCCACAUCCCACAUCCCACACCCCACAUCCCACACCCCACAUCCCACACCCCACACCCCACAUCCCACACCCCACAUCCCACAUCCCACAUCCCACACCCCACAUCCCACAUCCCACAUCCCACACCCCACAUCCCACACCCCACAUCCCACACCCCACAUCCCACACCCCACAUCCCACAUCCCACAUCCCACACCCCACAUCCCACAUCCCACAUCCCACACCCCACAUCCCACAUCCCACACCCCACAUCCCACAUCCCACAUCCCACAUCCCACAUCCCACAUCCCACAUCCCACACCCCACAUCCCACAUCCCACACCCCACAUCCCACACCCCACAUCCCACAUCCCACAUCCCACAUCCCACAUCCCACACCCCACAUCCCACACCCCACAUCCCACACCCCACACCCCACAUCCCACACCCCACAUCCCACAUCCCACAUCCCACACCCCACAUCCCACAUCCCACAUCCCACAUCCCACAUCCCACAUCCCACAUCCCACACCCCACAUCCCACACCCCACAUCCCACAUCCCACAUCCCACAUCCCACAUCCCACAUCCCACAUCCCACACCCCACAUCCCACAUCCCACACCCCACAUCCCACAUCCCACAUCCCACACCCCACAUCCCACAUCCCACAUCCCACAUCCCACACCCCACACCCCACACCCCACAUCCCACAUCCCACAUCCCACAUCCCACAUCCCACAUCCCACAUCCCACACCCCACAUCCCACACCCCACAUCCCACAUCCCACAUCCCACACCCCACAUCCCACAUCCCACACCCCACAUCCCACAUCCCACAUCCCACAUCCCACAUCCCACACCCCACAUCCCACAUCCCACACCCCACAUCCCACACCCCACAUCCCACAUCCCACAUCCCACAUCCCACAUCCCACACCCCACAUCCCACAUCCCACAUCCCACAUCCCACAUCCCACACCCCACAUCCCACAUCCCACAUCCCACAUCCCACACCCCACAUCCCACACCCCACAUCCCACACCCCACAUCCCACAUCCCACAUCCCACACCCCACACCCCACACCCCACAUCCCACACCCCACACCCCACAUCCCACAUCCCACACCCCACACCCCACAUCCCACACCCCACAUCCCACAUCCCACAUCCCACACCCCACAUCCCACAUCCCACAUCCCACACCCCACAUCCCACACCCCACAUCCCACAUCCCACAUCCCACACCCCACAUCCCACAUCCCACACCCCACACCCC